AUGGGAUGCAAAUCAUCAGCAGAAGCGAAGCCCAGCGAAACGCGUUCGCCCUCAGCUCGUCUAUCCCGAAACAGCGUGACGACACCUCCCGAUCGGAUGGACACGGCGCACCGUCUGCAUCCAGCCGCCCGUGAAGAAGUCGAUCUCGACCCUGAAAACGUCGCCGGUGCGGAGCACAUUAGCCCGUCCGUCGUCACAGCCCGCAGCAGCAGCCGGGUUGCUGCCGUUACCCUGCAUGGCAUCUGUGGAUACACCCACAACGGUGUGCCUGCGUACAGCAAUGGCACCUCGAACACAUGGCCGUGGAUGAAGAACUUCUGCGAAGGUAUCUUCAUGGGGUACCAGUGGCAGUGUGUGGAGUUCGCCAGGCGGUGGCUCUGGGUGACGCACCGACUGUUGCUGCCGAAGCGUAGCUGCGCCUACUGCUUUUCCAGCUGCACGUACGCAUACCGGCUCAAGAAGGACUCAUCACUCAUCUCGCAGCGGGCACGUGCUGCAAUGCACAAAGCUGCGGCAGAGACCGGCGCUGGCUCGCCAUCGUCCUCCAAGGAAGUGAAUGCCGCGACAGAGGCGAGGCACCUUGGACCGUGCACGAGCAGAGACACCUGGGAAAAGGUACCCGCCAAGUUCGUGAAGCAAGGCUCACUGGUGCCUCCGGUGGCGGACAGCCUGAUUGUCUACCCGAUAAGCUGGGGUAGCCCGUGGGGGCACAUCGGUGUCAUCACCGCCGUUGACCUGGAUCGACAUCGUGUCUACGUUGCUGAUCAAAACCGCUACUUUCACGACUGGAACGGCUAG